AUGCAUUCGGACCUGGACGCCGACAUGGACGCGGACACGGAAACCACAGCUCUCUGCCCCUCCGGUAGCCACCAGAAUUCCUCCCCAGGGACACCCACACCAGAAGCAAAUGCCACACUGCUGAAGAAGUCAGAGAAACUGUUGGCAGGCUUGGACCGGAGCGGGCCGCCCUCUGCCCCUGGCCUCCCCAGACGAAGGGGCAGCAUGCCUGUCCCCUACAAGCACCAGCUGCGGCGGGCCCAGGCUGUAGAUGAACUUGACUGGCCACCUCAAGCCUCAUCCUCUGGCUCUUCUGAUUCCUUGGGCUCAGGGGAGGCGGCCACCACCCAAAAGGAUGCCAUCUUCAAGGUCAUGCUUGUGGGGGAGAGUGGCGUGGGCAAGAGCUCCUUAGCAGGCACUUUUGGCGGUCUCCAGGGAGACGGUGCUCAUGAGCCGGAGAAUCCAGAGGACACCUAUGAGAGACGCAUCAUGGUGGACAAGGAGGAAGUGACUUUAGUGGUUUAUGACAUCUGGGAACAGGGGGACGGUGCUGGGUGGCUGCAGGACCACUGCCUUCAGACUGGGGACGCCUUCCUCAUCGUCUUCUCAGUCACUGACCGACGAAGCUUCUCCAAAGUUCCAGAGACUCUCCUUCGACUCCGAGCUGGGAGGCCCCACCACGACCUGCCUGUCAUCCUCGUGGGAAACAAGAGUGACCUGGCCCGCUCCCGGGAGGUCUCACUGGAGGAGGGCCGCCACCUGGCCGGGACCCUGAGCUGCAAGCACAUCGAGACGUCGGCCGCGCUGCACCACAACACCCGGGAGCUCUUCGAGGGCGCCGUCCGCCAGAUCCGCCUGAGGCGGGGCCGCGGCCACGCGGGGGGUCCGCGGCCGGAGCGGGGUAGUCCCGAGGGCCCCGCGCCCGCCGCGCGCCGCGAGAGCCUCACCAAGAAGGCCAAGCGCUUCCUAGCCAACCUGGUGCCCCGCAACGCCAAGUUCUUCAAGCAGCGCUCCAGGUCGUGUCACGACCUCUCCGUGCUCUGA